AUGAUACCGCAAUUUCUAAGAGAUGAUUAUCCGUUGGAAAAGCAUUUGUUUUUAAUACCAAAAUUUGCUUUACGCUUAAUUGGUUUCUAUCCUGAAUCGAAACUUAAUACGCCAUUGCUUUGCUGGGCAUUUUUUAAUUUCCUUAUAUUGGGUUAUGGUUCUUACGCGGAAUUUACUUAUGGCAUUCAUUAUUUAACGAUUGAUAUGCAAACAGCGCUAGACGCCUUAUGUCCAGUACUUUCAAGCAUAAUGUCUUUUAUUAAAAUCUUUUUCAUCUGGUGGCACCGCAGCGAAUAUAAGCAUCUCAUUGAAGAAGUGCGACGUCUGACCGAAGCUCAAAGUUCAAUGAAAAAUAUGCAUAUAAAGCGUAAAUUUUUUACUAUUGCUACACGAUUAGCUGCUUUAGUAUUAUUUUUCGGGUUCAACACCAGCACCGCUUACACGGUACGUCUUGUAAUCAGCAAUGCGAUUCUGUACUUGAAUCAACAAGAUAUUAUUUAUGAGACGCCCUUCAGAAUGAUGUUUCCUCAACCAUUGCUAGCCAUGCCUAUAUAUCCUUUCACAUGUAUUUUAUCGCAUUGGCAUGGCUAUAUAACAGUUGCGGGGUUUGUCGGUGCUGAUGGUUUCUUCUUAGGAUUUUGUUUUUACUUUGCCACACUUUUUAAAAUGCUGCAAGAGGAUUUGAGUGACGCGUUGGCCGUAAAUAAUUCCAAAAACUCUCGAGCAAUACGUUGCGAAGCAGAUAUUGUAUCCAAAUUGACCGACAUUAUCAGACGUCACAACGAAAUCGCUCUGCUAAUGAAAAAGUUUUCUUCAAUUAUGGUUGGGAUUGUUUUAAGUCACUUUAUCACUUCAAGCUUGAUUAUCGGCACCAGUGUCAUUGAGCUAUUGCUGUUUUCUGGCUACGCGAUCCUCGUAUAUAUAGUCCACACAUGUGCUGUUCUUGCAGAAAUAUCCUUAUAUUGCCUGGGCGGUACUGCAGUUAUGGAAUGCAGUGAAGAAUUGGCCUUAAAAGCCUAUUGCAGUCAGUGGUAUGACUACAGCGUACGCAUACAAAAAAUGACUCUCUUAAUUAUGAUCCGUGCGCAACGAACGAUUACCGUGAAAGUACCAUUCCUUACACCGGCUCUACCUAUGCUUACAGCGAUUUUACGUUUCGCUGGUUCUGUUAUAACGCUGUUCAAGACGGCUAUAUAA